CAAUUAUCUAAUGAAAGGAGAUGGUUCUCAUGGUUAUUUUCUAAAGAAGUGCCUACUGUUCCUUUGCCUGAAGAAAGAAUUGAGUAUGCUUCUAAGCAUGCCAACCCACUUCAGACACUUCUUUUCUGGUGGUUAUGGCCGAUUUUAGUUAAAGGUUACAAGAGAACUUUGCAGCCAAAUGAUUUGUGGAUCUUGCCCACUGAAAUGACUGUAGAAGACAUGCACAAGAGAUGGGAAGAAAACAUGCAAAAGAUUUUGGAAAAGGCUGAGAAAAAGCAUUUAAAGAAAAACGACGACUUGUCUAACUUCGAAUGGCCAUUGUGGGCUGUUCCUUAUGCUCUCUACUUGACUUUCAAACUCCAGUAUACUAUGAGUACCAUCUUAUUAGCAUUGUCAUUCUGUUGUCAAUCGUUAUCGCCAUUGAUCACUAGACGUUUGAUUGACUUCGUCGAAUAUCGUUACUUCGGUAUUGAAAAAACUUACACUAAAGGUAUUGCGUAUACUAUUGCCUCGGUGGCCUUAAUCUUCAUCAAUGGUUUAUUGCUUAACCAUUUCUUCCACACAGCUAUGAUGACUGGUGCUCAGUCCAAGUCUAUUCUAACCAAGGCGUUAUUAAUGAAAUCUUUUGGCUUAAGCUCCAAGUCCAGGUACAUGUUCUCAGUUGGGAGAAUUACUUCUUUAAUGAGUACUGAUUUGGCAAGAAUUGAUUUGGCCAUUGGUUUCCAACCAUUGGUUCUCUGUUUUCCCAUUCCUAUUAUCGUUGCUGUAGUUUUGCUUUUGGUUAACAUCGGUGUUGCUUCCUUGUCUGGUAUUGGUUUGUUCAUUGUUUCAUUAAUCAUCUGUGUCAUGUUGACAAAGAAGCUAUUCGUUACCAGAGAGACCGGGGUUAAAUUCACGGAUGAAAGAAUUGGGUUGAUGAGAGAAGUCUUGAACAACUUGAAGGUCAUUAAGUUCUACGCUUGGGAAUUGGCUUACAAGAUGAGCAUCACCAAGGUGAGAGAAAAGGAAAUGAAAUAUCUCUUCACCAUCAAAGUGUUGAGAAACUUCAUCACCGCUUAUGCUGUCACUUUACCAACCUUGACUUCCAUGGUGUCAUUUGUCACUAUGUGGGCUACAGGCACCAACAAGACUCCUGGACAAGUCUUUUCAUCUUUGUCGUUGUAUUCCAUUUUAGCUCAGGCUAUUAUGCUUUUGCCAAUUGCCUUGUCUACUGGAGCCGAUGCCUUGAUUGGUUUCACUCGUUGCAGAGAUUAUUUGAGUGCUGAAGAAUACAACGAAGAGCUUGAUGAAAAUUCUGCUGCUUCAUCUAUGAAUUCCAAGAACUCAAACGAAACUCUCAUUGAAAUUCGCCAUGCAAAUUUUAUCUGGGAAUCCUUCCACGACGAAUUGGAUGCUGAACUUUGGGAUGUUGACCAAUUCAACUCUUCAGGAUAUUCAAAGACUACUGUUGUCGACUCAGUUUCGUCUUUAGGUUCUACUCAAGCACAAUUUCCAGGUUUAAUUGAUGUCAACCUCACUAUUAAGAAGAAUGAGUUCAUUAUUGUCACUGGAGUUAUCGGUUCUGGUAAGACUUCUCUUUUAAAUGCCAUGAGCGGCUUCAUGAAGUUAAGCAAUCCUUCUACUGGCUCCAUCAGGAUUAAGGACGACUUAUUGUUAUGUUCUGCCCCCUGGAUUCAAAACGCUACUGUCCGUGAAAACAUCUUGUUUGGAAGACAAUACGAUCCUGUCAAGUAUAACCAGGUUCUUUAUGCAUGUGCUUUAGAAGACGACUUGACUGUUCUUCCAGCUGGGGACAGAACUGAAAUAGGUGAAAGAGGUAUUACUUUGUCAGGUGGACAAAAAGCAAGAAUUAACUUGGCUAGAGCUUGUUACGCUGAAGCUGAGAUCUUAUUGUUUGAUGACGUCAUUUCUGCUGUCGAUGCUAGAGUCGGUAGACACAUUGUAAAUAACUUGUUCAAGGGUUUGUUGAAGAAUAAGACAAUCGUCUUGGCCACCCAUCAAUUGGGUAUAAUUGAAUCUGCUGACAGAAUUGUCUUCUUAAAUGGUGAUGGUUCUGUUGACUGUGGCACAGUUUCCGAAUUAAUUAGCAGAAACCGCAACUUCGAAAGAUUGAUUGAAUUCACCAAAGAAAAUGAAGAACCUGAAUCAAACAACAACAGCGACUACAAUUUGAACAAUACAGUGGCUAACGGUGAAGCCGAUGCCUUGAAUAACUUGAGUUUGUCUAGACAAAGGUCUAUUGUUCCAGACCAAGCUGAUCUUACUGGGAGAACUACUACAGACGAAGAAAGUGCUACUAAUGCCAUUUCUUGGGACGUUUACAAAAAGUACAUCGAAUUGGGGUCUGGAAUCUUCGGACGUGCUUGUAUUCCUGUCUUUUUUUUCUUGAUUGCAUUGGCUACAUUUUUCCAAGUUUUCACUAACACUUGGUUGUCAUUCUGGGUCGAGAAGAAAUUCAAGGGUAAGAGUGAUAACUUCUAUGUUGCUCUCUACGUUGCAUUUGCCAUCUUGACAGUCAUUUUCACUGCUAUUGAGUUCACCAUGUUGGCUUACAUGAAUAAUAAAUCCGCUCAAGCCUUGAAUUCCAAAGCUGUUCAAAAUAUAUUGCAUGCUCCAAUGAGUUUCAUGGAUACUACACCUUUGGGUAGAAUUUUGAAUAGAUUUACUAAGGACACUGACUCUUUGGAUAACGAAAUUGGUGAACAAAUGAGAUUGUUCAUUUUCCCUUUGGCUACUAUCAUUGGUAUUGUCAUUUUGUGUUGCUGCUACUUGCCUUGGUUUUUGCUUGCCGUUCCAUUCUUGGUAUUGGCUUUUAUUUUCCUUGCUAACUUCUAUCAGGGGUCCUCAAGAGAAAUCAAGAGACUUGAAGCCACUCAAAGAUCCUUGGUGUACAACAAUUUCAACGAAACCUUAACUGGUAUGGCUACUAUCAGAUCCUUCAAGGCUGAAGAUGACUUCAUCAGAAAGAACGAUUAUUUCCUCAAUAAGAUGAACGAAGCUUACUAUUUGUCGAUAGCAACUCAAAGAUGGUUAUGUCUUCACUUAGAUAUGAUUACUAGUGCCUUUGCAUUAAUUAUCUGUUUGCUUUGUGUCACCGAACAAUUUAAUAUUAGUGCAUCAUCCACUGGUUUGUUGUUGAACUAUGUUAUACAAAUUGUCGGUUUGUUAGCUUUGAGUGUCAGAUCCAUGACUCAAGUAGAAAACGAGAUGUACUCAGUUGAAAGAAUGCAUGAAUACUCUUUCAACUUACCACAGGAAGCUGAAUACAUGAAGACAGAUUUCAAGCCUGCACCAGAAUGGCCACAAUCAGGUUAUGUAUCAUUCAAGGAUGUUUCCUUGAGAUACAGACCAAACCUACCAUUGGUCUUGAAGGGAAUGGAUCUCAAUUUCUAUCCUGGUGAAAAGGUUGGUAUUUGUGGUAGAACAGGUGCCGGUAAGUCAUCGAUCAUGACUGCUUUGUACAGAUUGACUGAAUUGGAAACUGGAUCUAUUACAAUUGAUGGUGUUGAUAUCUCUAACUUAGGACUUCACGACUUGAGAUCCAGAUUAUCUAUCAUUCCUCAAGAUCCUGUCUUGUUCCAGGGUACCAUCAGAAAGAACUUGGACCCAUUCGGUGAACACUCUGAUAAUGUCUUAUGGGAUUCUCUUAGAAGAUCUGGAUUGUUAGAUGAACAAACUAUUAAAUUCUGCAGACGCACGCAAUAUGAUCGUGCCAAUGGUGUUGGCUAUGAUGACUUGAACAAAUUUCACCUUGAUCAAGUCGUUGAAGAUGAAGGUUCAAACUUCUCCUUAGGUGAGAGACAGUUGAUCGCUUUGGCCAGGUCUUUGGUUCGUAACUCCAAGAUUUUGAUUUUGGACGAGGCCACCUCCUCCGUUGAUUUUGAAACUGAUUCCAAGAUUCAAGACACUAUUUCAAAUGAGUUCAAACAAUGUACAAUUUUGUGUAUUGCCCACAGAUUGAAAACAAUUUUACACUACGAUAGAAUUAUUGUCAUGGACCAAGGAAACAUUGCUGAAAAAGGAACUCCUUGGGCUUUGUACAACCAAAACGGAAUCUUUAGACAAAUGUGUGACAAAGCAAACAUCACUGCGGAAGAAUUCUGA